UAAACUCAGUCAUUCUGUUAGUUAGGUGGUCGUUAGGUUCUAGUAUUUUUGUAACAUGGCAGGAAUGAGUUUUAUUGGUCUUACGGUGAUCUUUGCUAUAAUUUCAACCAGCUGCGGAACACCACUAGAUGAUUACGUAUCCAAAGAUGAUGGGUAUUACAAGUAUGAAGUCAUUGACAAAUGGACCAACAAAGCCCCUGGUGUGACGUCAUACUUAUUGAACAUGACCUCACAGCGAUGGUUAACAGAUGACGAUGUCACAAGAUCCAUAUGGUGGCAUGAUCUGAUUGUGAAUAUCCCUGAUACGUUUGAUGCCCGAAUGAAAGACAGCGCGUACAUGCUCAUUGAAGGAGGCUCUAAUUCGGGAGGUUUGCCCUCAACAACAGACGAUUUCUUUACUGAAAUGCAAAUGAUUGCUUCCACAACAAAAAGUGUCACUGCAUUGUUGCGUCAAGUUCCAAAUCAGAGUCUUGUUUUCAAAAAAGAUAUACUUCAGAGAUCUCGUACGGAAGACGAAAUUAUUGCCUAUACAUGGAGGCAUUUUAUUGAUGACCCAUCCGAGCCCUAUUGGUUACUUCGAAUGCCAAUGACAAAAGCAGCAGUUAAAGCUAUGGACACGAUAACUGAUUUUGUCAACAAAACACGUGGUCAAGAAGUCAGUAAAUUCUGCGUAGGAGGGGCAUCUAAAAGAGGAUGGACCACUUGGACAACGGGGGCUGUUGAUAGCAAAAGGGUGACUUGUAUAACUCCAAUCGUACUUGACGUUCUGAACAUGGUGGAGAAUUUACAUCAUCAUUAUCGUGCUUAUGGAGGUUGGUCAUUUGCCCUGGGUGAUUAUUUCUUUGCAAACGUGACAGCAGAUCUCGAUAACCCGAAUACCCAGAAGAUGGCGGACAUUGUUGAUCCAUAUUCAUACAGAGAUCGUUUGACCAUGCCUAAAAUGGUCAUAAGUAUGGGAGAUGAAUUCUUUCUUCCUGAUGAUUCUCAUUAUUAUUUGAAAGACAUGGAAGGUCCAACAUACGUAAACAUGGUUCCCAAUGACGAACACGAAUUUCACGGUCACGAUCUACAAGUUUUCAACAACAUAAGAUCAUUUUACGUUUCUGUUAUGGGUGGUUAUAAAAUUCCAAAAGUAGCCUGGACGCUACAAACUACACCUACGGGUGGUGGAUCUAUUGAUGUGACCACUGACACAAAACCGGUUCGAGUUUCUGCAUGGACGGCGACUACUUUGUCUCAAGAUAGGCGCGAUUUUCGUCUCAACAUACUUGAUCCAAAGGACAGCUUGAACGGACCAAUACCUCAAAAUGUGAUGUGGAUUGGAAGUGAUGUCACCACAAUAAGUGAAACACAUUUUUCACACAGUGUGGAUAAGCCUGAGAAAGGAUGGACAGCUUUCUUUAUUCAGCUGGGAUUUCUAGGACCAAAUGGAACCAUUUUCGAGUGCACAACAGAGACAAAUAUAGCACCGAAUACAUUCCCAUUUGAAGAUUGUCAUGGGGUCGGCUGUACUGGGUUUCUUUUAUAGCUUCUUUCAGUAUUUCAAGGCAUAUAACAGAAAAAUCAGUUGAACAAUUAUAUACUAUUAUAUUAUCACUUUGCUGAUUUAUUGCAAUAUCAUUAUGUUUCACUCAAAAAUAAA